AUGGCCUAUGGGACGAUGGUCGUGAACAAGGACCUCCUCCUGAAGAGCCCCUCGAACCUGCAAUACACGAUCCUCAACAGCACGCUGGAAAUGAUGACGCUCAAGUCGGCCCACUUCGUGACGAUGGUGCCGAAGAACAACGUUAUCAACUACCAGUUCUUUCUCGUGACACAGCAGGUGAAGCGCAACCACUUCCUCUUCAACAGCAGGGCGCACCACAACAACUACCCUCAGAUGCUCUCGUUCAUGCACGUGGAGAGCAGGGGCCAGCAGCACAGAACAUCCACGUGUUCUCUCCGAGGUACCAGCAACAGAACAUCUGGCAAUACGGCGACGGACCUGAGGCCCGACCUGGUCGAGCAAGAUCUAGGUCAAGAGGUCAGAGUCAGGCGCAAACGGCACCACGAACACUUCAACUACUACCUCCUACUCCGAGUCAACCUUCAACUCCAAGACCGCCUCAGACACCAAGGAGAAGAGCUUCUCUUCGACAAGGACAGAUCGCUGACAGAAGCGGAGGUGCUGAGCAACCAGCUUCAGCGCCAGCCACUCCUCGAGAGCCAGAACCUUCACAGCUACCUCCGGUACCUUCUCCACUACCACAAACUCCCGUUCCUUCUGAGUUUCCUUUUUCACCCGACAUUCCCUUUUCCGCGGAUGUCAUGGGAUCUGCAGAGUAUGGAGAGGCUCCUCUUGACGACGAGCCCGAAGCAGGUGCAACAACAACCGAUGACUGAUGACGGGCCAGUGCCACAGCUACCCGCAAAGCGACCACAUGCUGCACUACAAGCUAAAGCUAAGAAGAAGAAGGCCACUCCAGUCCACUCCGUCCUGCUGACACACGUUGUGCUCGACGAGCUCUACGAGGCCUACAAGCUAGAAGACGGGUGGGACGGGUCACCAGACUACAGACUGCGCUCUCCGUGCACAGCUUUUCGCUGCUGCGCCGCCAAGCUCGAGGACGCCGAGGUCUCCUCCGACUCCUCUGACUCUGCAAGCGAGAGAGACCCACAGUCUUCACUAACCCGACAAGAGCGCAAGGCCAUCGACCGAGAGAUUCCCUGGAGGACACUGAUGAAGGAGUACCCCAGCGACAUCAUCAGCCUCUAUGUGAAGGCCAAUCAGAAGGAGUAUGACUCCUGGAUGUCUUGGAACUCCAUCAAGGCUCUCUCCAAGGACGAAGCAAAGCGAAUCCUCGAUGAUCCAAUCCUCAGGUCUCUUGGACAGAUCAAGUCCUACGCCGACACGCAUAGCAGAGCUCUUGAUCUACGAGAUCGCCUGUUCCGGCUACAACAGCACCGCCUGGACCACACCGUCUACUACAAGCUCGACCAGGCCGGCGAGUUGUUGAUUGUCCUCCUGUUCCACGUCGACGACUUUCUUGCGGCGUUUCGCGAGGACUACCAGUUCAGCGAGCUGCAGGACAUGUUCACUUGGGGGCAAACAAACCUUUUGGACGACGGCGACUUCGUCUUCAAAGGCAAGGAGGUCAGCCUUAAACAGGUGAACGGUGAGUACGUGAUCCACGUCACCCAGAAAUCCUUCAUCAACGAGCUCGUGACCGGCAAGCUCAAGCUCGGCAGGUCUACAGAGACGGGUCCCUUGACCGUCGAGGAAAUGAAAGAAUACCGCAGCUGUGCCGGGAGUCUUCAAUGGCUGGCCGGAAGUACGAGACCAGACAUUGCAGCCACAGUGUCUCUGAGCAACCACGGCCAAAACAGCAGCCCCGGCCAGCUCAAGGUCCUCUACGAGUGCAUCGACUACGUCAAGAACAGCCCGGACCAUGGACUGGUCUUUCAGGGAGUGGCAAUUAACUAUGCCGCCACCGUGAUCGGCUACGCGGACUCUUCGUGGGCGAACGCUCCUGGAGGCAAAAGCCAAAUGGGGGUGAUCGUAAUGAUCACCGGACCUGAGUGUCAGGACCAAGUUUCGAAAGCUACAGUCCUCGACUGGCGAAGUUCUCGGAGUCCCAGAGUUACAAGGUCAACUCUGGCUAGCGAGGCCAACGCCAUGGACGAUGGCGUGGACAGGUCCACCUUCCUCAACGUCUUCCUCUCCGAGUUCCUCCAGAAGCCUGACAACAGCGCGCCGCUUGACAAAGGACUACUGAAACAGCUCCAGGACUACAUCAGUCCGAGCCAGGUCCACUGGGUGCCAAGCGGGCUCAUGUUUGCAGAUGUGCUCACGAAGCAUUCGACACAGUUGCGGGAUGAGUUCUUGCUCUGGUGCAAUGCGCGGGUCCUCGGAAAGCAGGUGUGGUUGCUCCUUGCUUGCUUUACGACGCCGGGCACCGUUGCAGAAGACAUCCGCCAAGCUCUGGCUUCCGACGAUGCUUGUGACGCAGACUCUUGUGGGCUAGGCUUGCUGCAGGUUGGCGCGAGCCAGGAGGUGGAGGGCAGCUCAUACUGGCAAGGUGUGCGCGAAACCGGCACCACGUGCUUCUUCAGCAACUGUCCGGGCAGACUGAAUCCCGUGGACUGCCAUCACUGGCGAUGUGUUUGCCAGGAGGGCAACAAAUACAACCCAGCCGAUGGAGGGGCCUGCGUGGCAAACGAUUCUCCUUCAGCCCGGCGGAUGACAGGCAAGACCUGCUGGCUGACAAGCUGCCCCGUGGAGUACGGAUCCACGCAGUGUGUCGGACACGAAUGCGUUUGCGAUGUCGGGCUCGAAUUCCAGAAGGCCAAAGUGCAAGUCUGGCCCGAGACCGGUCAGAAACUUCCGAGAACCAUGCAAAUUGCCAGUGUUCUCGGCUUGGUCGGUUCGGCGAAGGAGAUGCCGCGAGCACCCCGCGAGCAAUCUGAUGGGCUGCCGCGGCUUUUGGGGCGAGACAUGCCAGGUCCUGCGCAGCGGAAGCUUCCAAAGCACGACCUUCAGGUGAGGUGGGACGACUUCAAGCCAGAUUACCAACGGAAGUUGGGCGCCGGUGCCUAUGGCGGCGUGUACCAAGUGCGGGGCAGCCCGGACAAGGUGGUGAAGCUCUUCAGCCAUUCCGAUUGGAGCGACGUAGUGCGGGAGUCGCGCUUUGCACAGACGAUGAAGGCACGAUACCCACGGCACUUCGUCGACUGCGUGGGCAUGGGCAGUGCGCCAGACGAUGGUCAGAUCUUUGCCGUCUUCGAGCGUGCGACCGGCAUGAGCCUUGCUGCCGCUGCUACUCGUUUUCACGUCCCACAGGGCAUCGGGCACGUCAGCCAAGCACUGGACAUCUUGGAUCAGCUGCUGACAGUCAUGUUAGACAUGAUGAAGCCCGAUAGCCAAGGCAAGUAUCACUUCCACCUGGAUUUGAAGCCGGACAACAUCAUGAUUUCCACCAACGCCGAUGGCAAGGGUCACGAUGUCAAUGUCACGUUGAUCGACUACGGCAUCGUGAAGACAUGUGAGCAUGGAGACAGGAACCUAGAGGACUCUGCGCAGCAGCUCUUCCGCUGGUUUGGAUGGGAGCUGCUCUGGGUGCUGUCUUCGGAGGCCUUCCACGUCGAGGCGGAGACGAACCCCUGGGAGCAGCUGCCAGAGGGAUUCCGGCCCUUCUUCCGCCGUUCUGACCUUCGCCCGGCUGCCUACAGGACGGAGCAGCUGAGUCCACAACUUCUCCAGGACUCCCUCCAAGAUGGCUUCUUCGACGAGGUCCUGUCGCCAGCUUUUCGCCGGCAGUGGCGCUGCUCAGAGGAGGCGAGGCGGCAGCUCGGUCGCCUCCUCGGGGAUGCUUUUCAUGGUGUGGCCCAGGCCAGCGACAAGGCCUACACUCCGGACUUCGAGAAGCUGCGCUCCGACGUCCGAUCGCUCCGUGCGCUCUCUUCGGAGUGA